AUGGCCCAGUUUUACAGUCAUAUAUUUUCUUUGUUUACGACCCAAAUGCUAUUCCAGAACACUUCAUCUGAUGCUCUAAAAGAUCAAGAUUUAGUAGUAAAUGAACCUAAUGAGGAAGAUGUCAUUUCCUAUUGCAGAGAGAUCAAAAUCCUUUGGAGCAAGAAGAUAUCAAUGCUUCAGAAGUACCAUAGAGGUGUUCUGGCAAGUGAUCAUCAAAGGAUUGACAAAGAAGACCCACAUGCUAGUAUAGAACUGUCGCAGCCAAAUAUAGUACCACUGGAGCCACCAAUUCAAAUAACGCCUCCGAAACGUCCGGAUAUACUCUGCGAAUUUCCCGAAAAAGAAACGACGAAGAUUUUGGCUAAAGUACACCCUGUACCGAAGCUACCUGUUUUGCAAGAGAAAACAGAAAGCUGUUAUUUUGACGUCGCCAGAAAAUAUACAAAAACAGAAAAUUAUUGA